UGACGCGAGAGGCGUGUCUGCGUACGGAAAGGGGACGUACGUUGAUAAAGCGUGUGCACUGGGUGGAGUGACGGAGCGUCUCCUAGAGAUCUGACUGCUGUUUGUGCAACUGUCGGUGGAGAGCGCAGUCUGACAUCGCUGGGAGGAAAAUGUCCUGUUGGUUGAGGGAACAGACUUUGAUGCUGGCAGAAGAUUACAUCGGCUUCUGCAGCGGGAUCCAACAGACGCCUCCCAGCGAGUCAGCAGAGGCCAUGAGAUACCUGGCCAAAGAGAUGGAGCAGCAGCACCGAACCAAAUUCCGAUCGCUCUCCCUGGAGUUCCUGGACGUCUGCGGAUCAGACCCCAGCAAUUGUCUGCAGAGAGUCAUGAGGGAACUGGUGGUAGAUGGGAAACUGAACUGGGGGAGGGUGGUCUCCAUCUUUACUUUCACUGGAGUGCUGUCCAGUGAGCUCCUGUCCAGAGGAGAGAAUUCCGAGUGCUCCCGGAGACUGGCCGAGACCAUCGCUGAUUACCUUGGAGGGGAAAAACAAGACUGGCUGGUGGAAAACGGAGGCUGGGAGGGUUUCUGCAGGUUUUUCCACAAUGCAAGACAGAUGAACCAAGAGUCCUCCAUGAAGACAGCACUGUUUGCAGCAGCAGGAGUGGGUUUAGCUGGUCUAACCUUUCUCUUAGUACGCUAAUGUUUUUAGGUUUUCUCACUGUCUCUCUUUCAUACACACCACACCUGCUUUCUGUUUUCUGUCAUAUGGGAAUAAGUCAAAACAGUUCUGAUCUUCAGGUUUUUUGCACAUUUUUUUUCCAUGUACACGCCUGUAAUUACAGCAAACAGUCAUUCUUUGUCGAUUGUACACUCUUCACAUGGCCUUCAGGAGAAAAGGAUAGAAGUUCUAAAUCUUUUCAUAUCUAACAUGGUGCUUUUUUUUUUUUAUAGUUGCUUUUGUCACUUUGUUCCUGUGUAAAUCAAAUUAGUUUAGAUAGUAUUUACAGUUUGUGAAGAUUAGACCACAGUUUAUUGUUUGUAAAGUUUCUUUCAGUCUGAAAACAAGAUGCCCACCAAUCAGUUGUGUCAGAAACCACUGUAACACAUUAGAGAUAAGAUGCAUAUAUUUUGUAAUGACAGAGCAGUUGUCUUUGUAAGACCACUUUUUGCCUUUACUAGUGGUUUACAUAUGAUCAUUUACACCUUUGGGAUGUCUCUCAGUUUCAUCCUGGAAGUCAUUUGUUUUAAAGGUGCUAGCUUGUUUGGUUCCAAACAUCUGUGAUAUUUUGCCCAUUGUAAGUUUACGCUGUAAAUUUAUUUAUUUACCUCUUGAGAACAAUUUAUUACUAUUUAGGCAUUUCCCAACAAUUGUAAAAACGUUAUAUUUUUUGCAUUUGUAUUUAUUAUCUUCUUAAUAAAAUGAUUUAACUGUGAAA